AUGAAGUCCGCCAUUCUUGCCAUCAUUGCCACCCUUGCGGCUUCCGUUGCCGCCUCGCCUGUCUCUGAGCGCGCCAUUGGUAGUAUUACCGUAAAGCGCUCUGACAUCUUGAAAUCGGGCGCUUCCAAGCGUGACGAGGACAAGAUUACAGAGGAGAAUAUUUCUGACAGCGUCAACUACAUCCUGAAGCUGUUCCUGGAUGGCGAUAAGCGUCCCGACGCUUACCAGGAUGAGAUCGACGCUGCUGAUCCCAAGCAAGUCCUCGGCUAA